AUGAAAACGGGAACGAGUGUUUUAGUUAUAUUAUCGGCGUACGUUUGCGCCGUUUUCGCCGCGUUCGAUCAAUGUCCGAUCGAUGCAAAAUGUUGUCCAUUAGAAUCCGGACAAUGUUCGAUCGAUUCGACUCACUGUUUGUUAAAUAGUAAUUGUUCGCCAUUUAUUACAAUGAGAUCGACAGAUGAUCAUUUUUCAACGAGUAGUAGAGUUUUGAAUCCUUUCUUAUCAUUUACUGAAAUAAGUAAUUAA